AUGAGCUAUGGAAGGCGGGGCUUUCCGCGCAAUAGACGACUGUUUGGCCCUGGGCAGCUUCACAAAGAUCUUCGUACUCAUGAACCUCUACAUAUUAUGAUUCAGCAUCAUCAGGCUAGGCCUGAAAAAGAAGAGCAGAUAGCUCCUUACACACCCCACAACGGGCUUCGUUUUCAACAGCAACAGCAGCAGGCACAUGCGCAGAAGGAAAAGGGGCUAAUACUGAGCACUCAUUUUGUUGACCAGUCAGCCCUGGCUGUGUAUUCAUUUGGUGAUUAUGUACUGGUCUGGAACGGCGGAAACAGGGUGCUCUUUCGGAACAUUGCACAAAGAAAUUCGGAAGCGGAUAGCCAAUACAACAGUUUGUUGCUUCCAACGUUCUCCGAUGCCAUGGUAACGUCGAUUGCUUUUUGUGAUAGCUAUCUGUUUUACUCUACCACAACAGCCAUCUACGCACUUCAAAUCACCGGCGCCAUAGGGCCUGUCCACGCACAGGUAGUAUGCUUGGCUAGAAAGCAGUCAGCAGAUCCCGGCCCUCUGCACGGCUUGACCGUUCAUAAGACCGAAAACCUGUACGUGAUUACGAUUGCUGCUGGAUAUGGUGUACGGUACCUCCCAGAGAGGGGGGAAUAUUUCUCAUCUCCUUCGUUUAUUAUUCUCUAUGAAGUUUCUAGUAUGAUGCUUAAGAACAGUAGUGCAUCCAACUCUAAUUUAAGUUUAGAUUAUAGUAGUGAGCCUUUGGAGCUUUCGUCAAGUAUCCAUGCAUAUAAAUAUGUGCUGAAUCAACCAAUCUUUGCCAUUACAACUGCAAUCGACCACGGGGCACCCUCUUUCUUCCGGGAGGCACACUUGCAGGGAUCAAAAUGUCAAUCCUCUCAUCCUGAUGUGUGGCCCUAUAGCUUAUCAUGCAACCAACUAAAACUGUAUGAGGAAGCAUCCUUUCUCAAGAUCUGUGUUAGCACAGCAACGAUGCAGCCGAUGCAAUCAAUGCAACCGGAGAUCUUAGUCAUAACGUUUCUAAUUAAUUUGCGAGAUAACUCGUUGGGGCUUGAUGAUGACCAGGACGUGGUUUUCUUGAGGAUUUGGCAUUUACCAUUUAUCAACCGAAGCACUGGAAUUACUCUGGACACACUCUAUCCAGCAAAGGAUCCUUUAGCCCUGAGUGAUGAUGGGUCCUGGCUUCUGUGCUGGUCGUCUGCAACAAGAACCAAGCACGCACUUUGGAUCCUCGCUUUCGAUGUUUCAUUUUCUUCUCUGAUUGCUACUGAUAUUCACGGUGGAGGCAUACCUUUCUACCAGUUUAGCCUCCCAUGCCCUAUUGCAGGACAGCUAGGGUUAGCUCCUCCAGCUAUGCUUCAGUUAUCAAGUACCAAUUUUAGUUCGACGCGAAGCUUUCACAUGCUAUGCCGCAACGGGGAUAGCACAGCUUUUUAUACACUCUCCAUACCACGUCCUCGGCGAUCUUUUUCUGUGCACCCCCAACGCAUCGGUGCUCAGUCCCAGCCUGUUCUUAUGCGCAUCGACAAGGCGUACACGUCUCCGGAAGUGUCUCCUGGAUCACAAAUCAUAUCGUUCGCAUUCUAUAGAUAUCUGUACUGUGGUUUCCAAAAUGAGAGCCAGAGACAGUGUGAAGGGAUCUGCAUCUUGUGGAGUGAUGGAUCCUUGAGUUUGGCCAGGGCUUAUCAAGCAUGCCCGUCUCACACAGUAUCCUCCACCGGCCAGCAGUUCAGAAAGAAACAACCGUACAACAGCACUCGCCCAGGGGGACCACUUACCAUAGUAACGCAACAAUAA